CAGCCGUCACCAGCAGCAUCCACAGUCGUCAGCUCACUUGCCGAGUACUCGGCCCCCACUACUCCUCGUCUUCGACCUCCCUCCCUCGCAGUGGCAGCGACUACGCACGCCGUGAUCAUAAAAGCCCUCGCACCCACAAGCCCUUGUCGUUUCCAUCGUUUCAACGCCGCCCCACGUCGACGCGGUAGCAUUGUCGCUACCUCGCCACAGCCUCCACUCCCAUCCCCAUGACACCAUGAGACAUCAAUUCUGUCCCAAUUCUUGAAUCGCCGAUCGAGGAGGAGGCACAUUUGCCGGCAUUCGCGUCCGAUUCUACUGAGGCCGUAGCUCCCCGCGCAGCCGUGGAGCGAGAAGGAGCCCAAUGACGUGCGCGCGCGCUGAGGAUGCCAUCUCGCCCGCCGCCGACGACAUGGCGGCUGCCCCGGCAGGGGGCUUGAUCCAGAAGGUGGGCGGCGGCGGCGGCCGGAGAUUGGGCGGCUCGGGGCGUACGCUGCAUCGCUCGGCACAUCUGGCGGCGGGGGACAGCGACGCGUCGGCGCCGGCGACCAGUAGCUCCGGGGAUGUUAAGAGCAAUGGUAGUGGGAGGAGAGAAGAGAGCCACAAGGGCAAGAUGCGGCAGUACAGGUCGCAGCUCGAGCAGGAAGUGAAGAAAUUGCAGAGGCAGCUCGAGGAAGAGGUCGAUCUGCAUGUAGCGUUGGCAGACGCUGUUGCGCAGAAUGCUUCGCCUAUAUUAAAGUCCUCUAUGAAGCUUCCACACAAGGCACAUGAGUUGCUAACUAACAUUGCCUCCUUGGAGAGUACCGUCUCGAAGCUCGAAAAGGAGUUAAAUGGCUUGUAUUACCAGCUUUGUCAUGAAAGGAAUGAGAGGCUACUUGCUGAAAAUAAUCCAGGAUGCUUGCCAUCUACAUCCCCAGAUGGCCACCAGUCGUUAUCAACUUGCACGUGUACGUGGGAAGAACACAUAUCAUCAUUGAGAGAUUUGAAGUUUGGAGGAUCCGAGUCAAUGACGUCAACGCGACAGGACUUAUUCCCCGAACUUGAAAAUGACCAGGAUAUUGGAGAAGAGCCUGAAGAUCAACAGAUAGUUUCUUUAAAUAGGCUGCUAGAAAAGCACCGAGAUACUUCCUUGAAUAGACUACUUGAAAAGCACCGGGAUGAAGAGAUGCAAGAAUCAUUCUCCAUGGAAAAAGAAGGCAAAGAAGAUGGGAAGAUUGACGCCUUAUCAUUUGAACAGUCUAGUCUAAAGAUAACUAGCAUGAAAGGAGGUAAUCUUUGGAAUAAUCCAAAUCAGCUCUCCGAGGAGAUGGUGCGCUGCAUGAGAAACAUUUUCCUACAUUUAUCUGAAUCCUCGAAGAUAUCGCCAAAGGCAUCUUCUGAUCGUUCGUCUUCCUCAGCGGAGCGUCUAUCAGGUUCUACACUGGCAUCUUUCUCAGACUCUUCCAUAAUACCCUCAAUGCUAUGUAGUCCUUCAGUGGAUUCAAACCACAAUGAUGAGACAAUGAAGGAAGUUAGAAACUUUGAUCCGUAUAAAGUUAAUGGAAAGGAAAUCCGAAGAGAUAUUGGAAACUAUCGUUCAGCAGCUGAAGUAUCUUGGAUGUCUGUUGGAAAAGAUCAACUUGAAUAUGCAUCUGAAGCUCUAAAAAAGUUCAGAUUUCUCGUGGAACAGCUAUCAAAGGUCAACCCUAGUUGUAUGAAUUGUGAUCAGAGGCUAGCCUUUUGGAUUAACUUAUACAAUGCCUUGAUAAUGCAUGCAUAUUUAGCAUAUGGAGUUCCUCGAAAUGACAUCAAGCUUUUUUCUCUAAUGCAAAAGGCCUGUUACACGAUUGGUGGCCAGUCCUUCAGUGCAGCUGAAAUAGAGUUUGUGAUUCUAAAGAUGAAGACUCCAGUGCAUCGGCCCCAACUUUCUUUGAUGCUGGCUCUGAAUAAGUUCAAAAUUACUGAGGAGCACAAGAAGUAUUCUAUCGAUGAAAUUGAACCUCUUGUGUUGUUUGGACUCAGCUGUGGAAUGUUCUCUUCACCUGCUGUAAGGAUUUUCUCUGCUGCGAAUGUCCGACAGGAGCUCCAGGAAUCUUUGAGAGACUAUAUCCAAGCGACUGUUGGUACAAAUGACCGGGGGAAACUACUGAUUCCAAAGUUAGUGCAGAGCUACGCAAAGGGAACUGUCGAAGACUCUCUGCUUGCAGACUGGAUCUGCCAUCACCUCACACCUGAUCAAGCUGCAGACAUCCGAGAUUCUUCGUCACAGAGGAAGCAGCGGCUUCUUGGAGUGCGCAGUUUUACUAUUCUCACAUUUGAGUCAAAAUUCCGGUAUCUCUUCUUGCCUGACAGCAGUAACUCCCAGAAUGCAGAAGCAAAACAGACUUCCUGAGCUGUGUUCUGAAUAAAGAAUAACAGCUCAAUUGGUAUACUUGGGCCAUAAAACCAUUCUUUUGCAUAGUGGAACAUGGCAUUGGCAGUUUUAUAUGAUGUAAAUUUGGAAGAAGAAAAGUAAAUCAUGCAACAAAGCUCAGAAGCUGCUCGCGCUUCACAAAGAGCUUGAGUGAGGAUAGCAAUCGGCACGUUUGCGAAAUCGGACUCUCUUCAGAGUUGCUGACAAGUCGAGGUUGUAUUGUUUGUGUUCAAUUGUCUUUCAUACUGAGGCUAACUUUUUGUUGUUUCUUUUUUCCAUGUACCUUUUCUUUUGCUUCCUUUUCUUCUCUUUUUGUUGUAAAGCUCCUUUGUCUUGGUCAAUUGGUUUGUAAGUUUUGCGCAAAUAAAGUGGACAUAUAGUUUUGUACAAUAUGUGUUCCUUUCCA